CUUCUCUCCUCCACUCUCCUCUCACACCUCUUCCCCCGGUGUACUUCCCUUUCAAUUCAAUUCAUUCGCAAUGUUGCGAUCCAUUCCCCGCCAACUCCCACGGCGCAUCCCCGUUGCUCGUGCCGCCCUGCGCUCCUUCACAAGCGGUUAUCCGCGGAUGUCGCCAUCACCGCUCCCGGCCGUCCAGCCGCCCGUGUCGACCGUCCUCCCCUCCGACUCCUACCAGCUUCUCCCCCUGGCGGAGAAGGCCGGUGCCACCGAGGAUGCCCUCUACGAGCAGCAGCUGAAGGAUGUUGAGGCCUGGUGGAGCUCCCCGCGGUACGAGGGCAUCAAGCGUCCGUACACCGCCGCCGACGUGGUCUCCAAGCGCGGCUCGCUGCAGCAGACCUACCCCAGCUCGUUGAUGGCGCGGAAGCUGUUCAAUCUGCUCAAUGAGCGGGCUGCGGAGGGAAAGCCGGUGCAUACCAUGGGCGCCAUUGACCCCGUGCAGAUGACCCAGCAGGCCCCCAACCAAGAGGUCCUGUACAUCUCCGGCUGGGCGUGCUCCUCGCUGCUCACUUCCACCAACGAGGUUUCUCCCGAUUUCGGCGAUUACCCCUACAACACCGUCCCCAACCAGGUCCAGCGACUGUUCAAGGCGCAGUCCAUGCACGAUCGGAAGCAGUGGGACACCCGACGGAAGCUCACGUCGGAGCAGCGCAAGUCCACGCCCUACGUGGACUACCUGCGGCCGAUCAUUGCGGAUGGUGACACUGGACACGGUGGACUCUCCGCCGUCUUGAAACUGGCCAAGCUCUUCGCCGAGAACGGUGCCGCCGCCGUCCACUUCGAGGACCAGCUCCACGGUGGCAAGAAGUGCGGUCACUUGGCCGGCAAGGUCCUUGUCCCCAUGAGCGAACACAUCAACCGUCUGGUGGCCACCCGUUUCCAGUGGGACCUGAUGGGAGCCGAGAACCUGGUCAUCGCGCGUACGGACUCGGAAAGCGGAAAGCUUAUCAGCAGCGCCAUCGACACGCGCGACCACGAGUUCAUCCUCGGUAUCACCGAGGAGGUGGAGCCGCUCGCCGAGACCCUGCAGGCCAUGGAGCGGGAGGGCGCUGCCCCUUCAGAGAUCGACGCCUUUGAGCUGGACUGGGUCAAGAAGCACAAGCUCGUCACGUUCGACCAAGCUGUCGACGCCCACCUCGAAGCAGAGGGCGCCCCCCAGGCCGCCCGCGACGCCUACAAGAAGCACGUCCAGGAGCACCGCGACCUGUCCAUCUCGCGCCGCCGCGUCCUCGCCAACGACUACUCGAAGACGCCCGUUGUCUGGUCCUGCGACAGCCCGCGCACCCGCGAAGGCUUCUACCACUACAAGGCUGGCUUCCCGGCCGCCACCAAGCGCGCCCGCGAGUUCGCCCCCUACGCCGACCUCCUGUGGGUGGAGACGGGCGAUCCGGACGUCGCCAAGGCGGGCAAGCUGGCCGGUGAAGUCCGCAGCGCCUUCCCGGGCAAGAAGCUGGUAUACAACCUGAGCCCGUCGUUCAACUGGAUGGGCCAGGGCUUUACCGAGGAGACCCUGAAGUCAUUCAUUUGGGAUCUGGCUCAGCAUGGAUUCGUCCUGCAACUCAUCUCCCUGGCCGGCCUUCACACCAACGCAACCAUCACAACGGAACUGUCCCGCGCCUUCAGAGACGAAGGCAUGCUGGCGUAUGUGAAACUGGUGCAGUCGCGCGAGAAGGAGCUCGGCGUCGACGUGCUCACCCACCAGAAGUGGAGCGGCGCGCCGUACAUGGAUGGCAUUAUGGGUGCUAUUCAGAGCGGAAGCAGCAGCAGUAAGAGUAUGGGUGAGGGGAAUACCGAGAAGGGUUUCUAAACUGAUGGAAGGGCCUUGAGAAUGAUGUAGAUGUGUUGUUCUGAAAAGGGUUUGCGAUAUUAACGUGACAUACUCUAGCGUGUAAAUAAAUACAAUGAAAUCAGCG